AUGCCUCGGAUGGCGUCGCGCGCCGUCAUCUACACCGGCGGCCACGUCAGGACAUCUGGAGAGCUCGGGAGAAUGUACGGCGUCGAUAUUUCCGGUGGAGAAAACCCGCCCAAAAUCCCCCCUCGACCACCGGGCGCCGCCGCCGCGAGAUCCGGCCCAAUUCACGCCCCGAAAUUCCCCAAUUCAGGUCCCGCUGGCAAGCUGUCGUCGUCGUCGUCGUCGUCCUUUUCUGGCCCGGUGACGCCGAUUCAGCCGACCGGGCUAAUCACUUCCGAUCAACAGGCCACGCCCGGCUCAAAUAGGCUCGACGCCGCCGCUGCGUCGACACCUAGCUCAUUUAAAAAGGCCAAUUACAGCUCCGCAGUCACGAGCCUGGGGGGACAGGUCAAGUUAGGGUUUAGGACAUCACUGGUGGCAAUGUGGGUGUCUCUGGCCGUGGCGAUGAUUGGCCUGACGGUGGCCCAAUCAAUGCUCUUAGGGUUCUUGAGGAAAUUUCCUGAUUCGGAGCUGAGGAAUGCAGUUGAUGGCCAGUUCGUCAAGGUCACUGGGGUUGUUACUUGUGGCUGUUCACCGCUUGAAACUUCGUAUCAGAGAGUGCCAAGAUGUGUGUAUGUUUCCUCUGAGUUACACGAAUAUAGAGGGUAUGGUGGAGAAAAGGCAAAUGCUAAACACAGUCUCUUCUCUUGGGGAUGCAGGAACUCAGAGACCUAUGUGGCGGACUUCUAUAUAUCGGACACUAAGUCUGGUGAAAGAGCUCUUGUGAAAACAGGUUAUGGUGCUAAAAUUUCUCCGUUUGUCAAACAAACUGUAGUUGUCAAUGCCAAGGAAGAUAAAGAAGGUGUAUCACCAAACUUUCUGCAAUGGCUUUCUAGCCGAGGAUUGUCAAGUGAUAACCGUUUAAUGCAGCUUAAAGAAGGGUAAGAUACUUCAAUAUGCCCAAACCAUAUUCUUGUAUACUAAUUCACGCAUAUAUUGCCUAAAAUCUUGAUGUUGGGACUUGAGAGCAUAUGUAGUCUAUGAUUGGUAUGAAAUUCAAGACACUGAAAGGUAGAAAUUCAACAUGGUUACGUUCUUGAUCCCUUUUCUUUCAUUCUGUUAUUAUUCGUUUUUCGCU